AUAGACUACAAUGCUUCACGAUCAAUAAAUGAACAGAUGUCGAAAAAUGUUAUUAUUAUACCGAGCCAUAAUUCAUUCAGUAUUUCUGCUUUCUUUACAAAAUAUAUAUAGUACACGUGGAGUAUUACAAUUAUGUUUGUUUGUGUAUGAUUUUUAACAGUAAAAGUAUAGAAUGUGAAUAAUGUGAUAUUAUUGAUACAUACAACAAAAUGCAGCAUCUUCUUAUGUGAUGUAUAACUCUGGAUGUGUAUAGCUAGUUGGGAGUAUCAUAUUUCAGUGUUAAAAUUGAUGAUUUUUGGUUCGAUAGAAAAAUGCUUAAUGUUGUUUAAAAGAUGUUGAAGUAAAGCGGCAGGGAAUUGCAACAGACAUGGCAAGCGAUGUGAAUGUAACAGGAAUCGUAUUUGGUGCCAUUUUUGGAGCUCUUUUUGUUUUUACAUGUAUUAUAUCAGCCAUUAAAGCCGUCAGGGAUAGAAAACUUAUUAAAGAACGAAUUGCCGAGAAAAGACGGACAAAAUUAGAAGAAAGUGCAUAUGACAAUUAUACCGAGCUAGAGACUCGUGACAUGGACCAUCCAGUGUCAUUGCCAAAUAUAUCCAUUGAAGUUCCAUUAAGCCAAAGUCCUUCAUAUAGCAAAUCAAAACGAAUGGACAAAUCAUGCACACAACGUUCAGAAAAGACACAAAAAUCUCCCGUUAGAUUAAACGUUCCGACGGGUGAUACUCGUGAGCCUGUACCUCCAUGGAACUAUAUUCCUUCUCGGAAGGCUACGAAAAACAUUAUUAGGAGAAAUUCGUACGACAUGGCCAUAGGGCGAUAUACAGUAUUAUGCAGUAAAUAUGGCGGAACGCCUGUAGCCAAUGGAACACACACAAACUGUACGAUAGCUUACGAAAAUAGUGCAUAUUGUGAAAAUUCAUCAGAUAUUAUUUUAUAACUUAGAAAUCAUUGUGUUAUCUUCACAACCAUAAAAAUAUUUAAAAUUUA